AUGGCUUUCCCUAGCAGACUUUUAAUCCUCGCCCUCGUCAGCGUGUUACUGCAUGGCGCAGAAGCAGCGAACAUGCCUGCUGGCGGAUGCCACACUCGCUACGUCUGCCCUUACAUAGACGACCUCGCUACCGCCACAAUCACGGACUCCACUUACACCGACUACAAUUUCAUCGGCGAUUUCCAGGGCCAGUUCAACGACCAGGGCGGGCUGUACGAGCCUCACCAGCGCGGAUCGGGUCCCGUAAAUUACGAGCGGUACACGGAGGUGGGGACGAUUUUCGACGUGGUGAAGGGCGUGUACGGCGACACGCUGCAGGAGUGCUGCCGUGCAUGUGCGCGCUCCACCUACUGCUACGAGUGGCAUUGGUUCAAGAAGUAA